UCAAUCACUGUCAUAAAAUAUAAGAACUUAACAAUAGUAUUCAAUUCAACGUUUAUCAAAGAUCUUUAAUUUUUAUUAAUUUUAUAAGUAUUUACCUAAAUCCCGAUUCAAUAAUGUUUUUCAGUCAUCCAAUGUCUAUUUUUUGUAUAAUUGCAACUGAAUUUUGUGAAAGAUUUUCUUUUUGUGGGCUGCGAACAAUAUUGUCGCUUUAUUUAAGGAAUGUUCUGUGUCUGCACGAAAAUGCAGCAACUGUUGUUUAUCAUAUUUUUAUUAUGAUGUGCUACACCAUGCCCCUAGUAGGGGCAAUAUUGGCUGAUAACUUUAUAGGAAGAUACAGAGUUAUUUUAUAUUUCUCUGUGAUAUAUUUAUUGGGGACCGUGUUGACCUGCUGUUCUGCUAUACCGCCUCUCAUGUUGCCAUCUACGUAUACCUCUAUGAUUGGCCUGGCACUGAUCGCGACAGGCACUGGUGGAAUUAAGCCUUGUGUGGCUGCCUUUGGAGGCGACCAGUUUCGCUUGCCCGAAGAGAACCAGCGGCUUCAGCGCUUUUUUUCUACUUUCUAUUGCAUGGUGAAUUUAGGCGGCUUCCUUGGUAUGAUCAUCACACCGGCUUUAAGGAGGAGUGUCAUGUGUUUUGGCGAUGAUGCCUGUUAUGCACUGGGUUUUGGUUUCCCAGCAGUACUUGUACUUGUCUCCAUUGUGAUAUUUGUUGCCGGAAAACCAUGGUAUCGGAUAAAGAAACCCCGUGACAAUGUCACACUGAAAUUCAUUUCUUGUGCGUGGUAUGCAUUUACGAAACGGUUGCGAUAUGACUCCAGAAACGAACUCCCAAAGGAACACUGGUUAGAUUAUGGUGCUGAUAAGUAUGGAGAGAAACUAAUAGCUGACAUGAAAGUCGUCUUCUCGAUAUUGUAUUUAUACCUUCCAGUUCCAAUAUUUUGGUCACUGUUUGAUCAACAGGGUUCUCGGUGGACCUUCCAAGCGUCCAGACUGCGCAGUGAAGUAUUUGGUAUCACAUUAAUGCCUGAUCAGCUCCAAGUAAUGAACCCCGCAAUGGUGCUCCUUAUGCUACCGGUGUGUCCAGGAGGUGCAUGGCCUCUCCUACCUGAGUUACCGCCAUUACAUAAGAUGUUCGUCGGAGGCAUGUUGGCUGCAUUGGCAUUUGUUUCCGCUGGAAUUCUACAAAUUGGAAUAGAGCGUUCAACUCUACAAGUGCCAGCACAUCAUCAGAGCGGGUUAGUAUUGUUGAACACUUUGGGCUGCCCUGUAGAGAUAGCAGUCCUCGGUGAGGGCAUAGCUCCUGUGGAGGAGCAUGGCACUGCGUUGAUGACUCCUUUGCCACAUGGCAUUCUAAAUGUGAUAGCUAGCUGUCCAAUUAACUGUGCUGGCAGAGUGAUGAAGAGACAUGCAGUUCGAGAGACUCUGAGGACUGUCGCUGGCAUGUUUAUAACAAUCGUCAUAGGGCAGGACUCGAAUGAUCAGAUAUCAUUUUACUUUAUGGACCCCAAUCCGUUUUCUAAGUCUCUGACGGGGAAGCCAAAGUUGAAAGUGGUAUACCUCGGUGAUACUGGACCUAAUAAAAAUGUGACGAUAGAAAUAGAAAUGGGCCAAAGGCUCAGCGAUAUUUAUUAUGUUUCUGAUGCACCAGUAGACCACGUUGGUGAAUCUGCGUACAUGUGCUUACAACCUGGAGGGUUUAAAUGGCACGCUGAAAGCAUUGGCGGAGAAUUAUCUGGUUCUGGAGAAGGGUUUCUCAGGGCCGGAGGAGUUUAUGUACUAUGUCUUCGCGAGAGGCUUGGCAGGCUCGAUGCAGCAGUGUUGCACGCACCCAAUCCUCCCAAUGAACUUCAUCUUGCGUGGAUAAUUCCACAAUACCUCCUCGUGUCUAUUGCGGAGAUUAUGUUCGCGGUGUCAGGCUUAGAAUUUUCAUUUACACAGGCCCCGAAAACUAUGAAAACUAUCACAAUAGCUGUGUGGUACGUUUCCGUGGCGUUUGGCAACCUUAUUGUGAUUCUUGUAGCGCAGAUAAAAGUUUUUGAGUCACGGGCUACCGAAUUCUUCAUCUAUGCCAUGGUAUUAGCUGUCGCUAUGUUAGUGUUCCUUCAAAUGGGUAAAGGAUUCCAAUCCAGGAGUAUAGAAGCGGACGCUUCAUCAUCUGAGAGUCGACCUUUAUUGCAUCACAGAUCUAAGCUAAUAUCAGUACACUCGUUAUCUACGUCCAGCACUAGGACCUUCAGUAGCACCGGUCACAGUGCAGCGUCAUGUCUUGGGCUGAUGGAGCGCGCCAGACCUGCGGCUUGGCCCGCUAGAGCCUACGUUCAAUUAGCUACGCCUAGUACCAGCGAGCCAAGAGUUACCACAUUAGCCAAGGACUGAUGAAGACACUACAGAUUAUUUAUAUCACUGCUAUUACUAUUACUUUUAUUACACAUAUUAUUAAUACGUACCAAAAAAAAUCAACGGUAAACCCAAGCAAAAGCAACGGUGGCUUAAGACCGUUUCUUAUGGCAAUCUAUGGGGGAGGCCUAUGUCCAGAUGUGGAAAGAUAAUGGCUGAAAUGAUGAUGAUGAUGAUGAAACCCAAGCAAAUUCAAUUCUAAGUAAUAACGACACGUACACCCGAGUGCGAUGUAUUUCCCCAUUCGCGUCUCUAGAACCCAAAAAAACAUUAUUUAAAAAAAAUGGUUUGUUAAAUUCCAUCCUGAUGAAUUUACUGAUUAUUCAGCAUGACCAUUCACCAUUCUAUCCAGAGAAUCUAUAAGAAGUAUCUUAGUACUAACUAGGCUCCAUAGUUAAUAAAUGGUUUCUUUGUAAUAGCCACGAAUUUACCUUAUUUACUACCUAAGCCAGUACCUAUGACUUGGUAGUCUUGGUUUGUGCUUUGUUCCUCUAAAUGCCGGAUUUUAUAUAUAUAUUAUUUAUUGCACUUGUAUAUUACAUAUAAAAUAAUGUAUUUAUAAAUGUUGUGAGCAAGGGUGAACUUAUCUUUGACAUAUCUAGGGUGGACUUAUCUAGAUACUGAUUUUAGUAAGAUAUUUAAAGAUGAAUUGUUAUUUUGUCAUGACACAAAUACUGUAGUAAUUUAAUACCAACUAAAAGCUUUACAAAGUAAAACAAAACAUAAAUACGGCUAUCGUCUGACUACAUUAUUGAAAUCUAAAACGAUCUAAAACUUUAAUGAUUUCGAAGUAAUUUAAACCUUAAUUAGGUACAAGUAAUAUAUCCGAGUUUUAUUUAUAUAUAUUGACUUAUACCAAUUAAAUCAGUUUCUUAUGACAAUUUACUUUACAAAUGAAGAGAUAUUGGUUUGGUUAUUUUUGAUAUUAUUA